GGCGAACGGCACCCUGAACACAUCAGGAGGCGAAUCAUCACGAGACAAAGACAGAGAUUGACCACCCAGCGCGUCGCCACUUCCCCCGCGACACCAACCGGGCGCCACGUCGUCGCAGGGGCAGAGCCACAGCCGCCGCCACCCGGCUCCCGCCAUGGCGCCGAGGCUGGAGCGCGGGGGGUUCCACCUCCCGAACGCCGAGCAGGAGAACUCGCUCCUCCUCCGCGCGCUCAUCUCCGUCGUGUCCGGGGACAACGCCGUGCCCGCGCUGCUCCCGGAGGAGGCGGGAGCGCCGGCGCCGGCGCUGGCGGUGGCUGCUGCGGCCCCCGCUCCUGCCGAGGCGUGCGCCGGGUGCGGCGCGGACGGGUGCGCCGGCGGCUGCGAGCCCCUCGCCGCGGCGGGGACCGGGUCGAGCAGCGACAGCGAGGACGGGGGAGAGUGCUCGGCGAGCCGGGCGGUCACCGGAGGCGUGGGCAAGCGAGGGAGGAGGAGGAUGAGGGUGAGCAAGUACCGUGGCGUGCGGCGGCGGCCGUGGGGCAAGUGGGCGGCGGAGAUCCGCGACCCGCACCGCGCCGCGCGCAAGUGGCUCGGCACCUUCGACACCGCCGAGGACGCCGCGCGCGCCUACGACAUCGCCGCGGUCGAGUUCCGGGGCCAGCGCGCCAAGCUCAACUUCCCAGCCGCCCAGGCUGCAGCUGCUGCCGCGGCCCCGGCGCCGGCAUCUUCCUGGGCGCCGACCUCGACGUACCACCGCCUGCCGCCGCAGCCGCUGCCCGAGAGCCUCCACGAGAACUGCGGGUCCAACGCGGCGUCGCCGGUGCACGUGGCGCCGGCGCCGGCCGGGCAGCAGAGCGCAAGGUCCGCCGCGAAGGAGCAGGACAUCUGGGACGGGUUGAACGAGAUUAUGAUGAUGGACGACGGCAGCUUCUGGUCGUCCAUGCCAUGAGCCAGCAGCGUCGUCAUUCGUCAAUUCUUCUUUUUGUUUUCACUCUCGCGAGAUUCCUUGAUAUCCAUUUCGUUGCGAUUAAAAUACGAGCUGAAGUUUAUAGAAAGAACCAGUGUCGCUAGAUCCUAAUCUCCAUCCCUCGUUUUCGGUUUUCGAGAAACAACGUUGAUUAAAUAUA